AUCCAAGAUGGCGCCCCCGGGAGCUGGGAGAGGGUGACCGGCAGCGGGGAAGCGGCCUGGGCUGGCCCUGCGAUUGCGGGGUCCUGGGGGCAUCUCGCUGGGUACCCCCCUGGCCAGCCUACAAGGCCUUCCCCGGGCCGGAGCAAUGGCCGCCGAGAACAGCAAGCAGUUUUGGAAGAGGAGCGCCAAGCUACCGGGGAGCAUCCAGCCCGUGUAUGGAGCACAGCACCCUCCUUUGGACCCUCGGCUCACCAAAAACUUCAUUAAAGAGCGGUCAAAAGUCAGCACGGUUCCUCUGAAGAAUAAGAAGGCCUCCAGUUUUCAUGAGUUUGCCCGGAACACCAGUGAUGCUUGGGACAUUGGCGAUGAUGAGGAAGAGGACUUUUCCUCCCCUUCUUUCCAAACUCUGAACUCAAAAGUUGCUUUGGCAACUGCUGCCCAAGUGCUAGAAAACCAUAGCAAGCUGAGAGUGAAACCAGAACGGUCCCAGUCAACGACAUCCGAUGUUCCUGCCAGCUACAAGGUUAUAAAGUCCAGCAGUGACGCCCAGCUGUCCAGAAAUUCCAGUGAUACAUGCCUGAGGAACCCACUCCACAAACAGCAGUCACUCCCUCUCCGACCCAUCAUCCCCCUUGUUGCCCGGAUCUCGGACCAGAACGCUUCUGGGGCACCCCCGAUGACUGUCCGGGAGAAAACCCGCCUAGAAAAAUUCCGUCAGCUUCUCUCCAGCCACAACACCGACUUAGAUGAACUGAGGAAGUGUAGCUGGCCAGGGGUUCCCAGGGAGGUUCGGCCUGUAACCUGGAGACUCCUGUCGGGCUAUCUCCCAGCAAACACCGAGAGGAGGAAGUUGACCUUGCAGCGGAAGCGGGAGGAGUAUUUUGGCUUCAUUGAACAGUAUUAUGACUCUCGAAAUGAGGAACAUCACCAGGAUACCUACAGACAGAUUCACAUCGACAUUCCAAGGACGAAUCCUCUCAUUCCAUUGUUCCAGCAACCACUUGUACAGGAGAUCUUCGAAAGAAUUCUAUUUAUUUGGGCCAUCCGACACCCUGCCAGUGGGUAUGUCCAAGGAAUUAAUGACCUGGUCACUCCGUUCUUUGUCGUCUUCCUCUCAGAAUAUGUCGAAGAGGACGUGGAGAACUUUGACGUGACCAAUUUGUCUCAGGACAUGCUGCGAAGCAUAGAAGCCGACAGCUUUUGGUGCAUGAGCAAACUGCUGGAUGGGAUACAGGAUAACUACACCUUUGCACAACCAGGGAUCCAGAAGAAGGUCAAGGCACUAGAAGAGCUUGUCAGUCGGAUUGAUGAGCAGGUACAUAAUCACUUCAGGAGGUACGAGGUCGAAUACCUACAGUUUGCCUUUCGUUGGAUGAACAACCUGCUUAUGCGGGAGCUUCCCCUUCGCUGCACCAUCCGCCUGUGGGACACAUACCAGUCUGAACCCGAAGGGUUCUCCCACUUUCAUCUCUACGUGUGUGCAGCCUUCUUGAUCAAGUGGAGGAAAGAGAUCUUGGAUGAGGAGGACUUUCAGGGUCUCCUCAUGCUGCUACAAAACCUACCUACGAUACACUGGGGCAACGAAGAGAUCGGGCUGCUCCUCGCUGAGGCGUAUAGACUCAAGUACAUGUUUGCCGACGCCCCCAAUCACUACCGCCGAUAGGUGCUGUCUCCCCGCGGGGACCCAGACUGCCCCCAUCUCUGAUGGCAAUCUGAUCACUGUGGCCACUGUGCGAGCCGUGGACCCCGGCCAGGAACCACUCCUGCUGUAAAAAGCUCACAUCCGCCACCCAGGUCUUAACUUUUUGGUGUGCCUGUCCACCACUCCAUGUCUCCAGAUGGCUCUCCUGUACCACUAUCAGUAUUCCAUGACAUGUGGAUGGGCCCAGCUCUGGGAGAGGACAGAAAAGGAGGUACAGGGUUGUCUGCCCCUUUAAAAGAAACUGGACAGAAGAAGGGGAAGGCUCAGGGUCUCCAGUCACAUUGCCCUACAUGGACUGGCUGUCUCUUGCCUCCCAGCUCCAACUGAUACUGUUGCUUUUUUGUGACAUAGUUUGAUUUGCUCACAGGUCAAAAACGCCUUAUGUUUUCAAAAGACUCCUGGCCCCUCCCCUCUACCCCCAAUUCCUAGCCUUUCCCCUUCUGCCCAAGUCUGAGCCAGUGAGGGGCAGCUUUUUAAAACCAUUGUUCUCAGAUGGAGGAGGCACUGAUGCUUAUAACUCUGGGAAGAGGCCUACACCCAAGGGCUAGGAAUUUCAUUUUUCCUUUUCUCAACAGACAUCUGUAUGUGUGCCUGCGUCUGUGUGUGUAUGUGGGUAUACACACCCAUCAGCAUUUAGUUACAUGUCUGAAUGUCUGUGUCCAGACUAUCCCCAUUGCAACCAACUGGGAAGGGCCCCAGUGACCACAUACACAAGCAUCCCUUGAGAAGGAUCAGGGCGGGGGAGGGAGAAGGGGCUUUUUACCUCUCCAGACCCUUUUUCCGUGAUGACCCACUCCAAGAUAUUAUGUGUAAAUUGUGUUAUUAUGUAUAUGGGUAAAGAUGUAUAAAUAU